UAUGAGUAUUGUUCAUGGGAGGCUUCAACUGUUACUGGUACCAACAUCUUAUAUAACUGGACAUUAGAUGACAGUAUAUUGAUACCUAAUAAACAGUAUGAAAUUCAGAUACCAAGUCCUGGGCUUUACACUGUGAGAGUGGAAGCGUUUAAUGAUGUUGCUAGGCAACCGUUGUCUGCCACACUUCCUGUCCUUGUUCAGAGUGUCAUUGAAGAGGUGGACUUAAAGAUUAUUGGCAACCUGCUCGGAAAAGCUACACAAAUAAUUGUCUCCGUUAAUGGUUACCAUGAUUUUGGGGUGGAAAUUGACUACGGGGAUGGGGAAAGUGAAAAUUUCAGUGAAACUGACCCUGUUGCCAUGGUAACCAAUGACACGCAUAUUCUAGUUUACCUGGCGCAUGUAUACGAAACACUAGGAGAGUAUAAUAUUACAGUAAAUGUAUCAAAUCAAGUAUCAUCAAUAUUUACAACCGAGUUAUUUAUACCCAUUGAGGACAUCACCGUGACAACUAGGUCACCAUGGGUUAUCAGAAGUACAGGUCAUGUGGUUGCUAAGGCUGUUGUUACUGGAGGACGAGAUUUGACCUUCACUUGGAAUUUCUCAGAUGAGAGAACUUAUGAGAAUUCAGUCAUUAGCUUUCCUAACCAGACGUCUGUAGCGAAACAUUUCUAUGGAAUGUCAGGGGAGUAUUGUGUGACAUUCAAUGUGACGGGACAUAAUUAUCCGCCACCAGGGGUAUACGCCAAGCUAGAUAGAUGUUUUCUUGUUGUAGAUCCAAUUGAUACGGUUGAAUUGUCUGCUAGCAGUAACUCAUCAGCUUUAGAGCACAACACAACAUUGCCUGUAAUAUUUACAGCUAGAUUGUCUGGUUCCCAUGUUGUAUUUGUGUUUGAUUACGGAGAUGGUACCACAGAAAAAGUGCAGGGAACUGAGCUGUCGCCAUGGAACAAAGACAUGACUAUUUUUGCGGAAGGACGGCACUCCUAUUCAACAGUGGGUGAAUUCAAGGUCAAGGUGACAGCCGUUAAUCCCCUUGGUAACGAGACAGCGUGGCUGCCGCAUUCAUUCUGGGUCCAGGAGCCGCCGAAAGACCUUCACUUUUGUGAUGAAGCAAACAAUGAAAGGAUAGCGAGAUAUACGGGCGAAGUCGGUGAGGUCGUUACUAUGGUUGCGAAGGUCGUGUCUGGGAAUGAGGUCAAGUUUGAUUGGAAGCUUGGGGAUCAGACAGAUCUUGUGAAUAAAGGAUCUGUUGUGCAGCACCAGUAUAUGACACCAGGUGUGAAGACUGUCUACGUUACGGCAUACAACAAGGUUCGAACUUUAACCAGAGCUGUUAAAGUCUUCAUCAACUAUAAAAUUCAAGGUGUGGAAUUAUUGGUGGAUAGUAACGUCUUAUCAUUAAAACAAACAAUGAUAUAUACUGCAGUAGUGAGACCGGAUAUUCCCCAUAUAGCCACCAGUUAUUACUGGACAUUCAAGUCACCGACAAUGAUCCAGGGGCGGUAUAUUAUAGGUGGAAUUAAGAAAUACAGCUCGAAACAAAAUGCUGUACAACAUACGUUUCAUGUAAUUGGCGAGUGUACAGCUACAGUUACAGCACUAAAUGCAAUCAGUAAUGCUACCUCGGUUUCUGUGGAAUUGUACGUCUACUUACCGAUUCUCCUGCCAGAAAUCUACAUUUCUAGUAACAAAGUGAACCUACUAGUGAAUCAACCAAUCAAAAUCAAGUUUCACAAAUACGAUGGUACUAAUGUAACUCUGAAAUGGGAUUUUGGCGAUGAAAGUGACCCUAUUAUAACUAAUAUGCAUGUAUCCAAUUCUCUGGAAGUAAAACAUACGUUUAUCAGGGAAGGAGCGUACAAUAUCACAGUUUUAGCAGAGAAUCCUGUCAGCUCAGUGACAGUAUAUAAAAUGUUGUUUAUACUGAACAAGUCUUAUUGUGAGGAGCCUAAAGUCACCAUUGUUGCUAAUACAGAACAUAUUGAGAUAGUACACUCGAGAUAUUUUACUCUGGAGGCUGAUGUUACCAUGGAUUGUAAUCUAACUUCAGCCGUGGCUUACCAUUGGUCAAUAGAUGAUCAUGUGACCAUGUAUAAUGUAGAAAUGAUGAAUCGUGUGUUGGUCUUACCUCCUAGGUUGUUAAAAUAUGGGAAACAUACUGUAAAGUUCAAGGUUGAGAUGCUGGGUACCAUAGUGUAUGGCAAGGCUACAAGGGUAGUAGAAGUAAUCCCCAGUCCACUGGUCAGUAAAAUACAUGGUGGCGUGUUCCGACGUAUCAGAAGUGACGGUGAAAUUGUCAUCGACGGGUCUGGCUCUUUUGAUCCAGAUCAUUUACAUAAUAACCAGUUAAGGUACCACUGGAAAUGUAGUUUCCUGAUGGAAAACGGUACCUACGGAGAAUCGUGCUUCGUUAAUUCAACCCACGAUGCAUUGUUAAACAGUACCCAUAAUGCAUCAUGCAUUGUAGCCAUGGAUACAGCAGUGUUGUCGUUUCUAGGUGAUUGCCUCGUGCCAGCAUCAAAUUUCACGUUUGAGUUGACGGUAUCAGCAGAUGGUCGACAGAACGGAACCAGCUCUCAGAUUAUUGCACUGGAGCAAGAUAAUGCCCAGAUAUUAAAUGUUAAGAUAGUUCGACCAUACAGUAUGUCGGACCCGGUGAAUGCAGAUAGGAAAUUGUCAUUCUACGUGCAGUGUACAAACUGUAAGAGCGAAGGUGUAAAAUAUGAAUGGACAAUCAAACACCUGGCUGGUUACAACAUUCACAACUACGCCAGAGCCCACGAUUUGCCGUGUGUUGAUAAAGAAGGAAGAGCAUAUGCCCAGGUACUGGAGAAUGACACUGACAGCGAUGAGCCUACAGACCAAGGUGCUGACCUUUCUAAAAACAAUGACAAAGGUCAGGGAGGUCAAGAAAUUAUUCCAUUUACUAUAGGUUCAGAAGUGAGCUCAGAUAUGACAACCACAGUUUCUGUGUUAAGCUAUGUCGAGAUUGUUGAGGGUAAGUCCAGCACUGAAAAUAGACGACAACGGUCGACAGUGAAAGAUAUAAACAAUAUCGAUUACCCACGAGUGGAGGAACAAGCAGAUAGUAAGAGGAGAGUGAAGACUUCGUCCAGAAAUCUCGAUAUAGUGGAAGAGAAGAGCGGUGGUAACAUUGGGCGGGGUGUGACGAGAUUCCAGGCACCAGAAGAGGGAACUCCUGGUGAAAGUGGAAGUUCCGGUGGACGACAAUAUUCAUAUAUACCUGUAGAAGAACCUGGGUCAAAAAGAAAGGUUUACCCAAAUCCAUUAGAUGAGCCAGAAAACGAAGAUGGAGGAUCAGGUCUAUUUUUAGACAAAUUAGAAGGAAGUCGUAAAUACAAUUUGAGACAGCGAUCUAUUCUCGAGAUGCCGAUGAUACGUUAUUAUUUACCGAAGGAAAAAACUAGGACAGGAUUGGACGGAGAGUCUCUUGUUAUAAAGCCAGGAUUUCUUAAACAGGGUUUGACCUACUUUCUACAGGUCAAGGUCACUGAUGAAGAGGGUGAACGUUUUGGGGAGGCCGUUAGCAGUUUUGUUGUGAACGAGAGUCCUGUACAUGGAAGUUGUACUGUAUUACCUGACAACGGAGUAGAACUGGACACAGAGUUCAGGGUGAUGUGUCAAGCAUGGCAAGAUAAGCAUAAACCAUUGAUGUAUGAGGUCAGUUAUAAGUUGGACAAGCAUGAAGAUAGGAAGCUGAUUUAUCGAGGUGUGAAUGGUGAAUUUCCUAUACGACUACCAGCAGGCAAACCACAAAAUGACUAUAAUGUGAACGUGUACAUCGAUAUACUUGACGGACUUUUGGCAAAGACGUCGGUGUGUUCCAUUACAAUUCGAGUGACACCGAAGACACUGACUGAUGACUCGGGCAAGGAACUGUACUCCGAUGCCAGAUCAAUAUAUGAAGAGAUUGUUUCUGCCAAUGGUGUGUUCAAGAAGUCUGUGGACCGAGGGGACGAUGCCAUAUCCAAAGUCUCGAUCAUUUACCUUGCUACCAGGCUGAACACGCUGAAUGACUCAGCAAAUACUCUUCUUCAGGGAGAUAACAAUACAGCUUACAGCAUUGACAAUUCUAAUGCCACUUAUGUCAUAGAUGAAAUUGCUGAUGAGAAGGAAGACCUUAAGUAUAGACGGGAUGCAAGAAGGAAGCUGUUGGAAGUUUUGGAGAGACUGCCAGUUAGAGAUGAGGCUGAAAUAUUACAGAGUGCUCAAGCCCUGUCCCUUACCACAGCUGUACCAGAUGAGUUGGACAUUAGCUCCCUCUAUCUGUCCCUGAAGAUAUUAGAGUCAGUGUGUGUGGGUGCAGAGAAAGUAUACCAAGAUGAGCUCACGCCAACCGGAGAUCUGGUGCAGCUUGUGGUUGCCACGGCAUCGAGCAUCAUCAAGGGAACAAUGGACCUGGACGAGGUUGAAGACGAGACAUUCAAGUAUAUGCAUAAACAGAUGAUAAACAAUGCCAUUAAGAAUGUCAACAAACUGAUUUUGAAUGAGCUGAAGUUUCAUCUUGUAUUUGAAGAGCCGGUGAUGUCAUCUAGUGAGGUUUUAUCUGUCUGGGCAUCAAGGCACUCCGUGUCUGACAAUCAUACCCUGUCAAUCGGAGAGACAAAGUUUAAAGUCCCCUCUCAUUUGGGCUCAAGUAGUAAUGCAAAGAUUUCUAGACCGGGAAGCAGUAUCGAUGAUGUCAUAGUUGGUAAAGCAGCCAAUGAGAAGUGUAUACAGAGUCACAUGACAUCAUUCACUUUAAAUCCAUUUGGUUUGGAGGACAGAAAGAAGAUACAAAGUUUGGUAGCAGGACUGAAUGUGUAUGACUGUGAGGGGAAGUUGUUGCACGUUGUGGAUCUACCACCAGGCAAUGAAAUACAAAUACAACUUCCAAACAAGCCACCAAAGACUGUAGUGUUUGAGGAUUUGGUUUUGAACAAAUGGUCUAUGAAUGUACACCAGUUCAACAUAACAACUAUCGACUUACAACACGCCUUACAUUUCCUCAUUGACUUUACAUCUCUUAAGGAAGGCAGACUGUUUCCAAUCACAGUCUUACUAAGUUUCACUCGACCACCAAGUCCUGACUUCUACCAGCACAAGUAUGAGAUCGAAGCGGGCGAGGACAAUAUGGACAUUUUCUUACCUGCCGGAACGUUUAAUGCUACUGGAAUGUACUAUAUUGGUAUUGUUGACUCCACCUACAAUUCUAAGAGGCUCCGCCCAGGGGAGGUUACACAGAGAAACUACACCCUCAAACUAUGGUGGAGCCAAUGCCUGUACUGGAAUAUGGACAAGGAGGUGUGGCUUCCAGAUGGGUGUUCUAUUUCCCAGAAUUCCACUUUUGAGGUCACAAAGUGCACUUGUAACCAUUUGACCUCUUUUGGUGGACGGUUUGAGUUAAUACCCAAUAAACUCACAUUGACUGAUAUAGAGGGAUUGUUCAGUUUACAUCAGAAUCCUGUCACGUUGACAUUGGUAAGCGUGGUGUUGUUGUUCUACUGUCUACUGUUCUUCUGGUGUUACCGUGCCGAUCUCUAUGACAACAGGAAGGGUGGAAUAGUUUACCUCCUCGACAACUCGCCCAUGGACCAGCAGAAGUUUGAGAUCACUGUAGAAACAGGCCUGUGGAAUGGGGCCGGUACAACAGCUAAGAUCAGUAUAAUUCUGCAUGGUGAAGAAGGCAUGUCGGAGACGCGUGAACUGAUAAGUGAGGAUGACCGACCGAUGUUCGAGAGAAAUUCCCGAGACAAGUUCAUACUCUCGUUACCAGACAGCAUUGGGCGUAUAUGGAAAGUACAAAUUUGGCACAACAAUCUUGGACCGUCACCAAGUUGGUACCUUAACCGUGUGAUCGUGAGGGAUUUAAAUACAGGGAACCAGUAUAUAUUCAUUUGUGAGAAAAGGUUAGCAGUGGAAGAACAAGAUGGUAAAGUGGAGAGAGAGUUUAUGGUUCUUGAUGGAACUCUUCAGUUUAAAAAGGCAUUACCUAGCAAGGUCGUACAAUACAUGGCCGAUUUCCACAUCUGGAUGUCACUCCUUACAUGCCCACCUUAUGGUGGUUUUAUGAGGACAGAGCGACUCACCGUGUGCUUGACCAUGUUAUUGGUAUACAUGUGUUUGAAUGCCAUGUGGUACAAGGUGACAGUGACAGAGGUGAGUUACACAUUGCCCACCAUCUAUAUUUAGUAACAUAUUCAUUAAUGAAACUGACCCUGUGUUUGAGAU